AUGAUUGCUUGGGGUGGGACGCGCACCGAGGGGACGGCGCUGGGCUUGCAAAUCGUAAAAUUGCAUGAUAUCAUAGGUGGGUUUGACCGGUGCGCGUCCGUCUCCCUGUCCGGCUGCAUCAAGAGAUGCGAGCGGGAGGACUGGGUUACGGAGCCAGUAUCGUGCGACUUGACGUCGCCCGGCUCUGAUCGGGGCGCCUUGCCUCCUUUUGUGGCCGGUGCCGCAUGCUCAGAGCCAGGUAUCUCGGUGUUCCCUGGAGAUUGUCCUCCGGUUAUUAGUUCCCCCGUGAGCCUUUGCGCAGGCCAGGUGGUCCGUGGCUGUCGGGCACGCCGAGGUUUUGCUCCGCAAAGGAGUGACCCGCAGGCUGGCUCAAUCACUUGGUUCCUCGGGGACUGCUUCGCGUAUCUGGACCACCCCCGCAAACUGACGGGGCGGGUUAAAACCCCUGCCGAUGCUCGGCUUGCUCGCCAAGCCAUGGACGACCUCAUGAUCGGCGCCCUCGGGUUUAGGAAGUCGGGCAGGGCGAGACCCAUCGGCCGUGUCCUGAGCGUCCAGUGUCAUGUUGCCUGGGCAAAGCUGCUCAACUUCAACCCCGUUCCCCCAGCCUGA